UCUGUCUUAGUUUGCAUCCAACGAUCAUCAAAUAAACAACCAUCUCCAGUCAAAUCAUAAAUACUUAUCGUGCCAGUUAACAAAAAGUACAUACGAUAAAAUAUUAGCAGAGAGGUUUUCCUAAUCCAGAAAGAUUUGAUUGUCAUCGGCAGCCGUUAAUCAAUCAACUCUAAUCAAACUUUCUAUUUCUCUCACUCGAACAUCUACAUAAAGUGAAAUCUACCUCAUGGCGAAAGUCAUCGGGUCCGAAUUCUGAUCAGUAAUAUUUUUUUACCUGACGUAUUACACGCCUUCAUCACUUGAGUUGCUAUGCACGAGGUUGUUUUGCAAUAAAUUAACGCAAAUUAAAAUUCCUCGUUACAUGAGUUGAUUCAUGGAUGGUGGUGUAGUGGUCUCGUAGAAUAAGGAAAUGUCGUGUCGAGCAAAAUUUUUGUAAGCCAUCUCGAGAGAUAGUUGUACUGGAAUCAGAGAUGGAAGUGGAACGAAAUUUAGUGGUUAUCUCACCCGCUGGUGCAGGCGGCACCGUGGGAAGAAGACCUUCGCUAACGUCAUGCUCAACGACCAGAUUUGAAAUUCGCAAGUCCUCGGAUGCCGAAGCGAACAAAAAUUUGGAACCCAGGUUUAGAUCUACAAAGUCCAAGUUUUGUUACCGAACGGCAGACUUGGUUAUGAACAUGCUGGUUUUGUUCCCCCUCUCAAUUGGGUUUUGGCGAGGGGUGUGGCAGCUGAUGGAGUACUACAGCAGUCCAGAAGUAUGGGGGGUAGGUCCGUGGCUGAGCAUGGGACUUGGCUACCUCAUCCCCUUUGUCCUCUACGUUUUCCAAGAACCCCUCAAACGACAGGUUGCCCCUGGUCCCAUGACCUUCGUCCCCUUCUACGUCCUCUCGAGGUCUCUCCUCCUCAUCCACUCCUUUGGCUCGGUCAACCAAUGGCGAGGGCUGUGGCAGCUGAUGGAUGACGAGACGGGGAAGGGGCCUGAGUCCGCCCUGGUCAGUUUGAUUGUCGGCCUCUUUUUCAGUCUCGUCCUCCGAACCUUCAGCAACGUCCUCGCACCUCCGCUUCUCGUCGUCGUCGACGAAGCUUCGACUAUCCAUGACUGUCCCUUGAGGUUUAAAACGUCGCCCGAGAGAAAGUGGUGUUACCUGUUUGACUGCACAUUUUCCGUCUUUGUUGUCCCGUCGCUGACUGUGUGCUGUUGGAGAGGCGUUUGGAACCUGGCAGAUCUCUACCUCUAUCCCGAUGACCCUGCCGCGUCUGCCCUCUCGUCAAUGGGGUUUGGCUACCUUCUCUGCAUCAUCCUCUGUUCUACCCAACCAUUAAUAUGUGAAUUGGUUUGCAGCCUUAAAGGUAUCUUGAGAUUAGCAGUGAUUGAUGCGUGCUACUUCGUUGGUUUCAUAGGAUGCGUCUUUGCCUGGAGGGGUGUAUGGAACUCGUACAACAUUUACAUUGUUUUUGAAACACCUUAUCUGAGUGAAUGGGUGACCUUAAUCAUUGGAACGAUUGGCACCGUUUUAUUCGGUUGUGUAUCAAUUGUUGUGGUCCGUGGGAUAGCGAUUGAUGGGGAAAUUGAGAAAGAUGAAGCUGCAGAAUGGCUCAUUCCUUACAUUUCUCAUUUGAGAGAACGUCACAGCGAAGUUCCAUUCCCUGAACCGUGGAUUUGCAGACUCCUGUGCACAAAUCAGAAAAUGAACUGGAAAAAUCUCAGAGCAUAUCGACGGACGAGGCCGGAAAAGCUAGACCAUUUAGAUGGCGUCACUCAGCCAUUAAAGAAAGCGAACAAUGUGCCAAACUCUCAUGGAGCAGAUGAUGGUGACCCCACUCGCAGAAAGUACCCUGCAAACCCUCCCCCUAAAGUUCGCCUCAGUCAGAUUCCACACAUUGACAGCUCUUCGGAAGACGAAUUGGGGGAGAGGGAGACGCUGAACCCAAAUCCUGAGCUGGACGGUCAAGACGAGGAAGAGCAGGACGAAGGGAAGAAGAUCGUUUCAAAUCCAAUAAGACAAGCUUAAAUCAAAUCAGGUUUUAAUUUCUUACUUCUACAUAAAAUAGGCACAGAGACUUUAAUCGUUCGCAUGGGUUCUUGCUUGUUAAUAAGUACUAAAUUAUGAAAAUUAUGAUACAGAGACGAUGACGAUGCUUCCUUACAUUCUUAUUCUCCACGUUCAGCUCCAUAUUUUACACAAUGUUUCGUUUUAAAUUUAAAUUCAGUAGAAAACAGUAGUAUGUAUUUUGAUGUAUUCACUGGAAUAUGAAAUGAUACAGCUCCCUUCAUAAAAGCUACAUAAUGUUGGUAUAUUAUCUUUAGAAGCAUGAGCGUAUUGCCAUUUCAUUCAAACAGUCUCACAUUUUACUACAUCUCCGUACAUGGAAUUAAUGGCAAGCGAGACCAGGCAAUGUAGUUCAUAGUUUGUACAUUAUCAUCAUCCAGUUUCUUGUACAGAACACGAUAUUUCUUUGUGAUUCAAUUAUUCAAAUUGGUAGUGUAAAUAAUGCAGUCGAGUGAUUUUUAUAUCUCUCCAGUGGUAGGACUAGCAUUAGGCAUUUUAUAUUCUGACCAAAUCUGACCAGUAAUAUAAGAGUUUAUACAUAAUUAGUGUGUAACUAUGUUGGAUAAACUUUAAAAUUUACUGUCCACGCAUUGUUGGCGAAUUAGUAACAAGAAAGUUUAUACUCUUGAUAUGACGCCUAUUAUUGCCUAAUCAAAUAUUGUAAUGAGCUACUUUACGCACAACUGCAAAGAACGGAGGGAAAAUAAACAAUAAAAAUAGAUAAAAAUAUUCUC